CAGUUGUUCAUAAGUGGGUGGGUGCUGCACGUCUUGGUUUUUUCACAUUCUCACGCUCUGUUAUUCCUCAGAACCGAGCAGCUGCCGCGUUACGCGCAACUCCAAACGCUCGUGUUGUGAUUUUUUACGUUCUGAAUCGUUCCGAGCCCGAAUCGAAAUGCAGAACCUUUAGAUUUUCAGACAGUCACGUGAAAAAAACACACGGACGGUUGGCGUUUCUCAGUUUCUCAGCAGUUGGAUACAUUUGUGACCACUUGCGUGCCAAGACACCCGACUGAACGCAAAUGAUUUUUUAUUUGAGGAACUGUGUGCGGUAGAUGAAAGGCGCGGACGACGCGCUGGCUCUUUGAUAUCAACGGAUGCGCUACAAGAACGUCGAUUUGGUGGAAAACUAAAGCAACUUUUUAAUCGCGUCCGAAUCAAUCAAUCUGGCGAUUGAUGGAGAGUCACAGGCCUGGGAUUUUAACUCGAACCUUUUAAAUAUUUAUAUAUUUUGCGCAUUUAUAACACGUUCGUUCGUCAGUGCGCUGUCUAUACGAUUCUGUGUUUUGGGACCCACCGAGCUGAAGUCACAAUCCUUGGCGUUUCGUGUGGAAAGCACAAGUUUGCGGUGCGCACGGUUCGAUCAUGGGGUGCACGGUGAGCGCGGAAGACAAGGCGGCCGCCGAGAGAUCAAAGAUGAUCGACAAGAACCUGCGCGAGGAUGGAGAGAAGGCGGCGCGGGAGGUGAAGCUGCUGCUGCUCGGUGCAGGUGAAUCAGGAAAAAGCACUAUUGUGAAACAGAUGAAGAUCAUUCAUGAAGAUGGCUACUCAGAAGAUGAAUGCAAGCAAUAUAGAGCCGUGGUCUACAGCAACACCAUCCAGUCAAUAAUGGCCAUUAUUAAAGCCAUGAGUAACCUCAAGAUAGAGUACGGAGAUCCUGGAAGAGUGGAUGAUGCUCGGCAGCUAUUUGCGUUGUCUGCAACAGCAGAAGAGCAGGGGAUCUUGACAGAUGAUCUGGCCAAUGUGAUCCACAGGCUAUGGGCUGAUGGAGGAGUGCAGGGCUGCUUCGCUCGCUCCAGAGAGUAUCAGCUCAAUGACUCUGCUGCCUAUUAUCUGAAUGAUAUGGACCGGAUAGCACGCCCCGACUACGUUCCCACCCAGCAGGAUGUUCUGAGGACAAGAGUAAAGACGACUGGGAUUGUGGAGACGCAUUUCACUUUUAAAGAUCUGCACUUCAAGAUGUUUGAUGUGGGAGGUCAGAGAUCCGAAAGGAAGAAAUGGAUCCAUUGUUUCGAGGGAGUCACAGCUAUAAUCUUUUGCGUGGCUUUAAGUGCAUAUGACCUGGUGCUAGCAGAAGAUGAGGAGAUGAAUCGCAUGCACGAGAGCAUGAAACUGUUUGACUCCAUCUGUAACAACAAAUGGUUCACUGAGACCUCCAUCAUCUUGUUCCUCAACAAGAAGGAUCUGUUUGAAGAGAAGAUCACGCACAGCCCUCUCACCAUCUGCUUUCCUGAAUACCCGGGAGCCAACAAAUACGACGAGGCUGCCAGUUACAUCCAGACCAAGUUUGAAGAUCUCAACAAGAAGAAGGACACAAAAGAAAUUUACACCCACUUCACCUGUGCUACUGACACCAAGAACGUGCAGUUUGUGUUCGACGCCGUCACAGAUGUCAUCAUCAAAAACAACCUGAAGGACUGCGGCCUUUUUUAAUGACGGCGGCCCUAAUGACAAGGAAGGCAUAAACUACGUGGUGGACCCGAUCAUGGAUUCUACACACUGCCUUCAACCUACUUAUAUGAAUCAAUGUUUUUAAUGUCAUAAAGGACUUUAAGAGAAACUUCCCAGAAUUUCCGUAAUCCCUGAAUUCCCGCACACCACCGUUCUUUCCUGAACCUAAUUUUAAAUCGGUUCUCAAUUUGUAAAUAUUUAAUUUUGGAGUUAUUUUCUGCCAAAAAGAAAAAUGAAAUGGAAAUGAGAGUCAGGAUUAUAUUCUGAUUGGUUUCUAUUGAUAUUGGUUUUAGUUUUUGACAUGUUAAAAAUCUUGGCUAUAAAUGGUCACUUCUUGUAUGGAUGUGCUCAUUUUAUUCAACUCAGUGGUACGAUGUUUAGUUAAUGUGAGCACAGGAGGCAAAUGCAACUUCACUUUUGUAAAACGUCAGCACCAGGCUCAAACUGUGUAUUGUUGCAUGACGAGCUAUGUAAAAUGAUUCGCUCGCUCCCAAUCACAGUGUAACUCUCUCACCCACUGAAACGUCUUGAGAUUCUAUUAGCUUGACUUUGACACUGUCUUAACAUGUAAAAUAUUUAUAUCCAUACACACAUUUCUUGUUCCAGUUGCUGUAUCAACUCUUUAUUUUGUGGAUUGUCUGUGCCUUGUUUUCACUGUCUGUAGAUUAUAGGGCUGUUUUUAUUCAUUCUAUCAAAUGAAGUGUCUGGCACAUUUUAAGAGCUGAAUAAAACUUAAGACUACAA